UUUUAUAUGUAUGUCUAUAUUCAUCCCAAAGAACACCUUUCACUCUCUAUUUCAUAUCAAUCAUACCACUAAACAAUCGACAAUUUUUUUUAAAAAAAAUGCCUCCAAAAUCAUCACUUUUACUCCAAAGAAUCACCACAACCACUACCUCCGGUAAACAACGUACACCAAUACCAUGUACUACUCAAGUUCCCGAUUCAAUCACUUCUCAUCAUACUCAUUUCGUUAGCCCUAACCAGUGUUGCUCCGCCGUGAUCCAACGUAUCUCCGCCCCAAUCUCCACCGUUUGGUCCGUACUCCGUCGCUUCGACAACCCUCAAGCAUACAAACACUUCGUCAAAAGCUGCCACGUCAUCGGUGGCGAUGGGAAGGUGGGGACCGUCCGUGAAGUGCGGGUCAUAUCGGGCCUACCAGCUGCUAACAGCAUGGAGAGACUUGAGAUCCUUGAUGAGGAACGCCACGUCAUCAGCUUCAGCGUCGUAGGCGGGGACCACCGCCUGGUGAAUUACCGAUCUGUUACCACACUCCACUCCGAUCAAAGCUCAGGGACGACCAUAGUUGUCGAAUCGUACGUUGUUGAUAUACCUCAUGGGAAUACUAAAGAAGAAACAUGUGUCUUUGUGGAUACAAUUGUUAAAUGUAACCUUCAAUCUCUUGCUCAGAUCGUUGAGAAUUCAAAUACUACAAAUUUGAAAUGAGGUACGUAGAGGUGUCAAAUGAGUUUGGCUCAUCAAUUUGAACAUAUCAAUAAAUAGAUUAUCGUUCAGUCUGUUCAAAGUCUGGUUGGAGUCAAAAUAGAUUGAGCUAAGGAACGAAUCAUAAAAUUAUGAAUUAGGAAAAUGGAGGGAGUGAAAAACACAUUAAAACAACUCACGGAUCAUGAUGCUUUUUUUUUUGGGGUACGAAUUAGAUCUUAAAAUAGUUUUUUUUUUCCAUAUUUUGUUAGAGAUAAGUUCAUUAUCAUAAAAAUUUUAAAAAUAUUUAAUUGUAAUAAACUUGUUAUUGUAGGAAUUUAAUUUGUUUCUCCUCU